CAUACAAGGAUUAAACAGCAGGCAGGCCGCUAGUGAUGGAAUUCGAUGAUGUGAUCCGACGCGUUGGUGAGUUUGGGAGGAUUCAGCUUCGAACAACAAUAUUUAGUGGUCUAGUGACAAUAUCGACAGCCAUGCAAAUGAUGGUAACCGUCUUUAUGCAGCAAUUACCGGCGCAUAGGUGUGCCAUUCCAGACUUGGCAAAUGACACCUUUGAAAUCCAGGGUACCUGGCACCAAUAUCUUAUCAACCAAACCAUUCCUGUAGACGAGAAUGGGGAGUAUGAGGGAUGUCUGUGGCGUAGGGGAAAUGAUUCCGGAAAUGGUAGUGUGUUGCCGUGCAAGGACUUGGUUUAUGAUACAUCUGUAUUCCCGAGAACGUUUCCUACGGAAUUUGGUCUAUUUUGUGACAGUUCCUUGCUAAUAAAUAUGGUCAACGUGGUCUAUCUAGCAGGAGUGGCCGUUGGGGCCAUUGUCGGUGGUUUAGCAGCAGACUAUAUUGGGCGCAAGUGGGUAUCCUUCAUCGCAUGUUUGGUACAUGGAGUUGGAGGAUUGGGAGCCGCUUUUUCACCUAACUACGGGGCUUAUGUUGCAUUCCGUUUCUUUGUAGGCAGCUGUCACGGCAUACUUAACAACUCAGUCGUUGUUCUGUGCAUCGAAUUUGUAUCACCAAGAAGACGCAUGAUAUCGGUGUGCACAAUGGGAGUAUCCUGGGGUAUAGGCAUGCUGCUUACAACUCCUGUGGCUUAUCUCAUACGGGACUGGAGAUAUCUACAGUUGACUAUGGCCUUGCCACCAUUCUUAUACCUAGGCUUCUGGUGGAUAGUCCCAGAGUCACCUCGCUGGCUGUUAUCUCGUGGUAGAUACGCAGAAGCUGAGGACAUAGUGCGAUGGGCGGCAAGAGUGAAUAAGAAACCGAUUCAAGGGAUCAGCCUGCUCUUCGAUGAACAUUCUUUGCAAAAGAAACCCUCUUUAAGUCCUCUUAAAAUUUUCCACGCACCAAGACUUGUGGCAAGGACAGCGGUGAUAAUUUGCGGCUGGAUUACAGUUGCAAUUUCGUGGUAUGGUCUUACACUAAAUCAGGGUUCCCUUGAUGGAGAUAUCUUCAUCAAUGCUUUUGUCCUUUCUGUAAUCGACCUCAUAGCCUACGCGUCGUUGUUCAUUGUCAACAAAAUAGGUAGAAGAAAAGCAUACUGUGCCGCCAUGAUGAUCUCGGCUGUGUCCAUGUUGUCUACAAUACCAGUUCAUUUCUUUGCAGACAGAGAAAGUCCUUCAACCAGUGCCGUCUUUACAGCAUUGUACACAAUGGGGAAGUUGGGCGUCAGUAGUAACUUCUGCCUUCUUUUCAUGUGGAAUGGAGAGUUCUAUCCAACAGCCUUACGAAAUUUUGGACUAGGUUUAGGAUGUACAUUCGGCCGUGUUGCGGCAAUCGUAUCACCAAUUGUUAUGGACCAAUUCGGAGAACAUCCCGUUCUUGGUAACACUGUUCCUCUGAUACUGUUUGGGUGUAUGGCACUGUUCUGUGCUGUGAGUGGUCUAUAUCUCCCUGAAACCGCCCACAAACACCUGCCAGAGACCUUGGAAGAUGCUCAAAACUUUGGAGUAAAACGGAGAAAAAGUGGCAUCAACCAAAACUACGAUGAAAAUACCCCAUCCACAUUUGAAAUGGCUUCUUAAGGACAACGACUACAAUUUCAUGCACGUGGACUACUUUUUAGCAAUUUUGUAUGUUUGGGUACCGAGCCUGAUCCGCUGUAAGCCUAAAUCAUAAUCUAUAAAAAAUGUGACGCGGAUGAAUGGUAGCAAAUUAAAAUGUGCAUUCUUUCGGAUUUUCUGUAGUGAUUACCUCAUCUACUUUUAAACAAGUG